AUGGGUCAAACCGCCUCAAUUGAGUCGCAGCCGUAUGAAUUCAAGUUCAAGGACAGUAUACUAAAGGGCAUCACCGUAAUCGACAGCGAAAGCGGUAAGCCCUCGUCCCAUAGAUUCACAGGCUUGCCAUUUGCCCAAUCUACGUCCGGGGAUCACAGAUUUCUAAAGGCCAGACCGCUUCCUGAAGAUUUCGACUAUUCUGGGGAUUACACCAAUUACAAAGCGCAAUGUCCCCAGGGUCGCCCAAUCGUGGAUGGCCACGAUAUGUAUGCCUACCCUGCAGACCCCACAGAGGACGUGACUUAUCUCAACAUCUGGGUGCCUGCGGACGAUUCGCUCAAGCCAGAAGGAGGCUGGCCGGUUUUGGUAUUUAUUCAUGGAGGCUGGCUGCAAUUUGGAACGCCAGAUGGGCCUGAUUGCAGGACCUUGCAUGGAUCUGAAAACCUUAAGAAUAAGUACAUACUGGUCUCUGUGGGAUACAGGCUGAACAUCUUUGGGUUUUUGAGUGGGAAAGAAGUUCUGGAAGAAUGUGGCUCGGUAAAUCAAGGGUUCUGGGACCAACGGUUGGGAUUGGAAUGGGUCUACGAUAAUAUCGCAAAGUUCGGGGGAAAUUCUGAAAAGAUCACCGUUGGAGGACUGAGUGCUGGCUCGUAUUCCACGUUUCUGCAGCUGGCAUACGAGGUAUACCAUCCACAGGAAAGACAGAUCAUUAAACAAGUGUUUUGUAUUUCCAAUUGUGUUGUUACCAGACAAAAAACGGUGCAGGAGUCGCAAUCACAGUUUGACGAGCUUUGCAAGACAUUAGGCGUGGAUGAGGGUCUUUCAGGAAAGGAGAAACUGGCGAGAUUGAGGGAGUUCAGCGCCGAAAAAUUAGUUGCUGCAAAUUAUCAAAUGAGCCAGUAUUAUUUCAGGGGAAUUUCCGAUAACGAUUUUAUCUCCCACGAUCUUUUUCCUGACAUCCAUAGCGGUAAGUAUGGUGAGCUCCUAGCCAAGAAGGGCACUAGACUCAUAUUCACCGAGGUUGCGAACGAGGCCGCAAUGUAUGCCCACAUUCAUACACCCGAAGACUUGGAAACGCUUACUUUGAGGCUGGAAAAUUAUUAUCCGCCUCCACUGGUCGAAAAAAUAUUGAAAGCCUACCCCAAAAUUUCCGAGGGUUCUUCAGCAGAAGAAAAAAAAGAGCAUAUCAAGGAUGUCUACGGAAGAGCGUCUGCAGAUUUCCAGGUGUAUGCUUCGAUCAGGACCUUUUUGGAUAGAAUAGUCAAAGGUGGAUUUCCAGUCGACAAAGUCCACAGAUAUCGCACAGAAUACCUGAAUUCCAUAUACGAAAAUUCUCCUUUCAAGAGACAUGGAGUUACCCAUUCUUUUGACAUGCCUUUAUGGUGGUAUGCCAAACAGGACGGGCUGAGCCAGGAAGAAUGCUUGUUGGUUGAGAAAUGGAUCGAACCUGUUCAAAAGAUUUUGAGCUUUUCAAGUGAAGUUGAAGGGUUGAAGUCUCCUGCCACAUAUUAUCUCUUGGAUAAAGAUGGAAAGAUCAGCUUUGAAAAGGAUAAGCUAUGGGACUGGGGUCUCGAAGUUGGUAAGGUGGUUGCUGUUUAA